CAGCGGGGUCAAGAUGAGCGUAAGGGAAGGGGCAGACUUAUGUUCUGUUGUGGCUGUCGUCAUUUGUAGUUAAAUCUGGUGGUUUUCAGCUCAUCUACUUCGCCGCCCUUCUUCUUCCCAUUUCAAAUCUUAAUAAAUCUCCCACUCUCAACUGUUUCUGCCUAACCGUACUUCUUAUUUGUUUCACUCUAUCCUCUGUUUUCCUUGUUAGCUCAUCUUUGCGCAGUCGAAUCUCACCCAUUCCUUCCAAGCUCAAGAAACCAAUAUAUUUCUCAGAUCUCUCUCUUUUCUUUUUAGAUCGAAGAAAACGCUUACUAUCCAAAAAUGGAGCUUUGUUUUAUCGAUAUGCUCAAGGAUCAGCCUUCCUGGCUUCUUGUGCUUUUCAUUCUGGGUUCUGUAUCAGUUCUGAAAUACUUCUUCGCUUUCCUUAAAUGGGUUUACGUCAAUUUCCUCAGACCCGCCAAGUAUCUGAAGAACUAUGGAUCAUGGGCUCUCGUAACGGGACCUACUGACGGUAUUGGCAAGGGUUUCGCUUUUCAAUUGGCUCGAAAGGGUCUUAAUCUGGUUUUGGUUGGUCGAAAUCCCGAUAAGCUCAAAGAUGUUUCGGAUUCUAUUCAGUCCAAAUAUGGCAAGGUCCAAAUCAAGAAUGUUGUUGUUGAUUUCAGUGGCGAUAUCGACGAGGGCGUUAAGAAAAUUAAGGAGACCAUUGCAGAUUUGGAUGUUGGUGUCUUGAUUAAUAACGUUGGGGUUUCAUAUCCCUACGCGAGGUUUUUCCAUGAAGUGGAUGAGGAGUUGUUGAAGAACUUGAUUAAGGUAAAUGUGGAAGGCACGACUAAAGUUACACAAGCUGUUUUGCCUGGGAUGUUGAAGAGGAAGAAGGGUGCUAUAGUUAAUAUCGGUUCUGGUGCAGCAAUUGUCAUUCCUUCUGAUCCUCUCUAUGCUGUUUAUGCCGCCACCAAAGCUUACAUAGAUCAAUUCUCAAGGUGCCUUUAUGUUGAAUACAAGAAAAGUGGGAUCGAUGUGCAGUGUCAGGUUCCACUCUAUGUGGCAACAAAGAUGGCAUCAAUUAGGAGAUCUUCCUUCUUUGUUCCAUCAACAGAUGGCUAUGCCCAGGCAGGUUUGCGCUGGAUAGGAUAUGAACCUCGUUGCACGCCUUAUUGGCCCCAUUCUCUUCUUUGGGGUUUGCUACAUGCACUGCCAGAAUCCAUUAUUGAUGCAUGGCGACUCCGCUUUUGCCUUGGUAUUCGAAAGAGAGGGCAACAGAAGGAUUCCAGGAAGAAGGAAUAAACAGUACUAGCUUGUAUUAAUUGAGUCAGGGUAGCUGAUCAUGAUAGUUUGUUCGCUUUGUAGUUUGAACACAUGGAAUUUAAUCUUUUGCAUUAUCUUUCUUACAUUUUCUUUUGCAUUUUAGCACUAAAAACAACAAUUUUCCAUUUUGCAUUGCAUGUCCUCUUGUAGAGCAGUUGCAGAACAUUAACAUGCAUAUAUUAUCUUGAACUUCA